AUGGAGGAUUCUGGUAGAAUCAACCUAGGAGUAGGCUGCGGCUCUGCCAUCAGCUUUGGACCACAUGACUUAGAGGGACUGGAGCUGCCUCAUGAUGAUGCCCUCAUCAUCAUAGCCAUCAUUACCAAUAGCCACGUGGCCAGGGUCUUCAUUGACACCGGGAGCUCUCUCAACGUAUUAUUUAGGACUGCUUUUGAAGAAAUGCAGAUCGACGCCAGCGAGCUCCAGCUGGUGGCUACUUCUUUAUAUGGUUUUACUGAAGAUCAAGUCCCCGUGGGAGAGCAGGUCAGGGAAGUUAAAGGAGAGCAGUGGGUUUCUCGGCAAUGCUAUAUUUACAUGGUUAAAGUGGAGGCUCGCAAGGCACAAAGGACUCAGGACGGGGUCGUGCAUGCCAUUCAAGAAGAGCCUAUGCCUAUGGUGGAAGAGCUCAUCCCCUGGGAGGAAGUCCAGCUGUAUCCUGAGCGCCCAGAGAGUCUCACUCGUAUAGCCGGUGACUUGUCACCUGAGCUUAAAGAAGAAUUGAUCCAGUGCUUGACCCGCAACAGGGAUGUCUUCUCCUGGUCUACGCAGAAUUACCAGGGGAUUGACCAGCUGGUAGAUUCAACCACCGGCUAUGAGAGGAUUUUGCAUGCUGGAUGCUUAUCAGGGGUACCAUCAGAUCCCCCUGACCCUAGAGGAUCAGGAGAAGCCACAAACCUGAUAGCCGACGUGGAGGAGACUUGCGGCACCCUCCGACAGUAUGGGUUAAAAUUGAAUCCCUUGAAGUGUCUAUUUGGAGCCAAAAGAGGGAAAUUCUUGGGAUACUUGGUGACGGAGCAGGGAAUUGAAGCCAACCCUGAGAAGGUACAAGCACUCUGGGACAUGAGGGCUUCCCAAAACCUGAAGGAGGCUCAGAAGUUGGUGGGAAGGAUAACAGCCUUGUCCAGAUUUAUCUCCGAAUCAACAGACAAAGCGGCACCCUUCUUUAAAGUGCUUAGGAAAGCUUUUAAAUUCCAAUGGGACGAGGAAUGCACAUGGGCUUUUGAAGAGCUGAAAAAAUAUUUGGAGACUUUACCUUCUUUAUUCAAGCCUAUUACAGGAGAGCCGUUCUGGGUCUACCUGUCAGCCACCCCUAAGGCCAUGAGGGAGGUGUUAGUAAAAGAGCAGGACAAUAUACAACAGCCAGUGUACUUUUUUAGUCAUCUAUUGAAGGGGGAUGAGUCUAAAAACACAGCUCUGGAAAAGUUGGUUUACGGACUGGUGUUCAUGGCCCAGCGUCUAAGGCCUUAUUUUCAGGCACAUCCCAUCACGGUCUUGACUAAUAAUAUCAUGGGUAAAGCCCUUACCAAUGUAGAGGUUGCUUGCCAGCUUAUCAAGUGGGCGACAGAAUUGGGAGAGUAUAAUAUAGUUUAUCAACCUCACACGACUAUUAAAGCGCAGGCCUUAGCUGAUUUCUUGACCGAGAUUCAUCAAACUGAUUCCGAAGAAACUUGGAAGUUGAACUUAAGAGCCACUAACAACGAGGUAGAGUAUGAGGCUUUAUUGGCAGGGCUGCAGGCAACCCGACAUAUGGGAGCUGCCCGAGUAAUCAUCUACUCGGAUUCUCAAUUAGUAACCCAGCAAGUAGCAAGAAACUUUGAGGUCAAUAGUAAUAAGCUGCAGGUAUAUCGAGAGGCUUAUGAGAAAAUGAAAGAAGAGUUCAAGGAGGUCACGGUGAGCAAGAUUCCCAGAACAGAGAAUGGCCGAGCUGACGAGUUAGCCAAAAUGGCCAGUUCUCUGACCACAUGGGUCUUGGAUAGGUCAAUAGCACAGACGUUUCUCAUAGCCCAGAUAGAUCUUCAGAAUAACAUGGAGGAGCUUAUUGAUUGGAGAGCGGCAAUAAUUAGUUACCUUCAACAAAGUAUCCUACAAACUGACCUGGAGGAAGAACGACUAGUUAGGAAAAAGGCUCACGCAUACACCAUGAUAGGAGAUUAG